UGGUUGUUGAAGAUAGAUCAUAUAUAUAUAAGGUAGAGAAAUAUGGACUGCCUGCUGCUACUGUUUAUUUCCGUGUUAAAGUUUGUGGUAAUGUUAGCUGUCAAUAUACACACAUUAUGCAACAGAUUAGAAGAAGCCAAAUGGCAUCAGAUGCAAUGAGCAGUGGUGCUACACCUGCAAGUUCCUGCACAAUUGGUUCACUCGCCUGGUGCCAAGCAAUGGUGUCCAGAAAUGCAUGGAAUAACACAUAUGAAAAUAGUAGUGCUUCACCCUCUGUUGGUCCAGGGAAUGAAACAUCUGCACAUAUGCUCUGGGAAGAUGGAGGGAUGCACCAUACUGCACCAGAUCCUAAAGGGUUUAAAGAACUGCACACAUCAGAUAAAAAUUGCAAAGUGGAGAGUGAAAAUGUUGCAAGAGCAAUGUCCCCUACCACUAGAGAGCACCAUUAUUCUAGGCCUGCAACUGAACAUGACCUUAUGGGUCACUCCAUUCAGUGUGCUUCAUAUCCCUAUACAGAACCUGCAGCUUUCCUGGGUGCUGCUGCUGGAGAGUCUGUGGUUCAUCAAACUGCACAAGGAGUGCAACAUGGCAGAAUGGUGUUGCCUCUGGAAGUGACGACAGAGGAGCCUGUUUAUGUGAACGCCAAACAGUACCAUGGAAUUCUCAGACGAAGGCAGCUCCGGGCAAAAGCUGAGCUGGAAAACAAAGUGGUUAAGAAUAGAAAGCCUUACCUUCAUGAAUCCCGGCACCUGCACGCCAUGAGAAGAGCCCGAGAUGGCGGGGGCCGCUUCGUCAACACAAAGAAAUCUGAUUCCACUAGCAACACCACCCCAUGCAGCAGCAACUCCGGUGAAGCCAACAAGUACUCAGAUAGCCAUGGCUCUGAAGCUUCUGGGAUGCAGGGUGCAGAUCAAUAUGUGCAAUGGGGUUAUGAGUAUCAGCAUUUCAAAGUGAUGAAAGACUGGGUGUGAAUUGAAGAAUAAGAAGAAGAAAUCUGGAGAUUGGAGAAUACAUACAAUCUCUGAAUCUCAUCUCCCCCAUAUAUAUACCCUAUACCUGCUUCUGUGGCAUAUGCGUCCGAGCUACUUCAGACGCAGAUUGUCCCCAACUUCGGACGCAAAUGACUGAUUCUGUACUAGUGAUGCGUGCUGAUUGUGUAUAAUGUGGUUGGUCUGUCCUCUGAUCUGAUGAUUGUGUAGAAUAUGUAAGGUUGGAGAGAAUAACAUACAUACAUGCAUACAUGUUUGAUCUUGGCAAGCAGCUGUAAGUGUAAUGGCUGCUGGCUUCAUGAAUUGGCUUUUACCAUUCAUUUUCUCAGGCAAUUCAUUCUUGGCUAAUACUUCAUAGUUGCUGUGUGUAAGCUAUGGAGAAAGUUCUAAGCCCAUAGCUUGUUAUUGGCUUAGCUAAUGUGAUGUUUGAUUAAUUGUGGUGUAAGCCUAACAGGCUGAUUAAACAUAUCAAUGCAUAUGUUAUUCUUGAUGAUUUACA